GAGAGAUGAACUGAAUAAUGACAGAUGAACUGAAUACUGAAGUCACAGUGGAAGACAUCAGCAAUGUGUCAGAAAUUCAAGAGAGUCGGGGGGCAGAAGUGAGUGCAGUUGCUUUCACAGAGAAAAGGGUGCUUGGGAAGCCAAAAAAUCUCAAGGUGGAAAUGUCACUUAGACCUAUUUGGCUACACCCCAGGUUUCUGAAAGAGGUAGCUUUAGAAAUUAUGGAGGCAUUAGUAGUGAUCAUUCAAGAAUCACUAGAAUCACGAAUGGUUCCAGAGCACUGGAAAAUUGCAAAUGUUACUCCACUGUUCAAGAAGGUCGCAAGGCAAAAGAAAGGGAAUUAUAGGCCAGUUAGUCUGACCUGUGGUGGGUACAUUUUUAGAGUCCAUUAUUAAGAAUGAGGUAUCGGAAGCACAUGAUAAAAUAGGCCAAUGUCAGCAUGGUUUUGUAAAGGGUUUUAUCUUGCCUGACAAAUCUGUUGGUGUUUUCUGAGGAGUUAACAAGCAGGCUAGACAAAGGAGAGUCGUGGAUGUUUACCUGGUGAGGCUGCUAAACAAUAUAGGAGCCCCUGGUAUUAGAGGCAAGGUACUAGCAUGGAUAAAUGAUUCGCUUCCUGGCACAAGGCAAAUAAUGCCUUUCAAUGAGACACCCCUUCUUCCUUCUAAACUACAGCGAGUACAAGUCCAGACCCUUCAAACACUCCAUAUGGAUUAGCUUAAUCAUCCCCAAGAUUAUUCUCCUUAACCUCUUCUAGAUCCUCUCCAAAAUCAGCACAUCCUUCCUCAGAUAUGGGACCCAAAAGUGCUCACAAUAUUCUUAGCAGUGCCUGAAAAAGCCUCAGCAUUACAUCUUUGCUUUUAUAUUCUCGUCCCCUCAAAAUAAAUGCUAACUGAUUUUCUUGAAGAAUUGCUAGCAGAGUUUAACUUACAUAACUUACAUAAAUGUGCGGUGAUACAUUUUGAAAAUUCAAAUCAGGGCAGGACCUUAAUGGUGAACAGUAGGGGCCCUGGAAAGUGCUGUAGAGCAGAGGAAUCGUAGAGUACAUCUACAUAGCUCCCUGGAAAUGGCAGGUAGAUAAGGCAAUGGGGUAGCUUUGGCACUCUGCCCUUCAUCAGUCAGAAAAUUGUGUAUCGAAGUUGGAAUGUUCUGUUACAGUUUAUGAGGCUGCACAAGGAAUAGUAACUUCAGUUUUAGUCAGCUUGCUAUAGCAAAGAUGCCAUUAAACUGGAAAGUGUGCAGAGAUGAUUUAUGAGGAUGUUGUCAGAUCUCUAGGGCCUCAGCUAUACGGGGAGGUUGGGCACACCUGGACUUCAUUCCUUGGAGCACAGAAGGCUGAGGGGCAACCUUAGAGAUGUACACUAUCACCUCUUGUACUACCAUAGAUUUGUUUUCUGAUUGCAUAUUUUUGCACCAUCUUGUUAUCUGCAGUCUUUCUUUUCACUCUUACGUAAUUUAUAUAUCAUAGAUUUGUGUUUUGCGUGCACGUGCAUAUGCAAAUAAACUCAAUUCAACUUAAGAGCAAGAUAUUAUCUUGUCUCUGAACUGCAUUCUCUUUCAUGUCAAGCGAUCUACCAAUUUCAAUCUUGAAUGAACUCUUAGUAUUUACAGUCCUUUGGGGUACAUAAUUUUAAAAGCUGACGAACCUUGAGUACAGAAAUCUAUCUUCAUCUGCUUAAUCCCACGCUCAUCCUGUUUCAUCAAAUGACCAGUUGGAAUGCUGGGGUAGGCUGACCUAUCAGGAUAUCAAAGAAAAAGUUGGAAAAUGUGAUAAAAAUCCACUGUAAAAACAUAAAUGAAUUGUUUGAUGUUUUUUUUAAAAGACACAGUGACUUUUUAAGUGUUUAUUUUUGAAGGAAUCAUGCAAGCUGAGUAACUUUCCAUGUUCAUUAAAUAUUGUCCACGAUAUUUAGAUUUCACUUUCUGUUGGUUUAAAUUCCUGUCAUCUUGUUGUCAAUUGCCAAACGAAUUGAAAGAGUAAGACACACCUAUUCUAACAGACUAUAUUUUUACAUCAUAUUCCACUUACGUGCACUGGAUAUCAAAUCAAAUUGCAAUUGUCCUCCAAUCCCUGGCACAGUCCAGUUUCCCUCUAGUGGACUUCGACUUGUGGUUUCCCAUGGGACCAGGUUAUCCAUUACUUUAAGCUGAGAAAAUGUAUAACACAUUAAUUGAAAGCUCAGGAAGUGUCAGGAAAGCUCAGAAACGAAACAUUUCCCUCUAUCUAAAAUCAUAGCUAAAUGUCAUGGCAGAAGAUAAAGUGAGUAAUUGUGUUGAAGGUGAUGACAAUGAAAGUCAGAAGGAGGAGAGGGCAAAGUGGGACAAUAAAUUGCAAUAUGUGCUGAGCUGCACUGGAUUUGCAGUGGGUCUGGGAAAUGUGUGGAGAUUCCCAUACCUGUGCCAGACCUACGGAGGUGGAACCUUUUUAAUUCCUUAUAUUAUUGCGAUAAUCCUUGAGGGAAUUCCAUUGCUUCACCUUGAGUUAGCAAUUGGUCAGCGGCUCCAGAGGAGUAGUAUUGGUGUCUGGAUGUCCAUUUCCCCCUAUCUGGGAGGCGUGGGCAUUGCUGCCAUGCUCACAUCCUUCUUGGAAGGUCUGUACUAUAACACACUCCUUGCGUGGACACUCUGGUACUUUUUUAAUUCAUUUGAGGAACCACUACCCUGGAAAUAUUGUCCUUUAAACAACAAUCAAACAGGGCUUAUUAAAGAGUGUGAAGAGAGUACUUCUGUAGAUUACUUCUGGUACAGAGAGACCUUGAAUAUCAGUCCUGGUAUUAACACGAAUGGAGGUGGCCUGCAAUGGUGGAUGGUUUUGUGUCUUAUUGGCGCUUGGUUAGUUGUGUACAUUUGCAUUAUAAGAGGGAUUGAAAGCUUUGGAAAAGCUGUUUACUUCACUGCAACUUUCCCUUACCUUGUACUAGUCAUUCUCAUGAUACGUGGAUUAACACUGCCUGGGGCCAUCGAUGGUUUGAUCUACCUAAUUAUUCCAGAUUUGACUGUGUUGAGCCAACCGAGAGUGUGGUUAGAUGCUGCGACCCAGAUCUUUUUCUCAUUGUCUUUGGGUAAUGGAGGACUAAUUGCAUUUUCCAGCUAUAACUCACUGAAGAAUGAUUGUGAGGUGGAUGCUGUGUCAGUGGCUGUUAUUAACAGCUUUACUUCUAUCUUUGCCUCCAUCCCCAUCUUCGCCAUACUUGGAUUUAAAGCAACUAUGGGGUAUAGAGAUUGCUUAAACCACAAUAUAUUACUUAUAUCAAAUGAAUUUGAUAUACAAGAUGGAAAUAUUACAAGAGAAAAUUAUAUUAAUUGGUUACAUGAUCUGAAUGCUACCCAUGAUGAACAAAUCCUGUCUCUCAGUUUGAAGAAUUGUGACCUACAGAACUUUCUGAAUCAGGGUGCCUCAGGUACUGGACUGGCAUUCCUUGCUUUCACUGAAGCCAUUAUCAGAAUGCCUGCCCCUCAGCUAUGGGCUGUCCUGUUCUUCAUCAUGCUCUUCACUCUGGGCCUGUCAUCAAUGUUUGGCAUCAUGGAGGGCAUUCUUGCUCCCUUGUUGGAUCUGAAGGUGUUUCCAAAGUAUGUUCCUAAAGAGAUGAUUACAGCCAUAGUGUGCCUGGUGUCCUUUUUGAUUGCACUUAUUUUUACCACUGCAUCUGGGAAUUACUGGCUGGCGAUUUUUGACAAAUAUGGAUCCGCUAUACCUCUUUUGAUCAUUGCCUUCUUUGAGCUCGUCGGAGUUAUUUAUGUAUAUGGUAUGCACAAAUUCUGCGAGGAUUUGGAAUUAAUGACUGGUCGAAGACCCAAUUGGUACUGGCAUAUAACCUGGAGGUUUAUUAGCCCUGUCCUGUUGUUCUCCGUCUUUGUGGCAUACCUUGUUGUUGAAGUGCAGCAUCAAUUAUCCUAUGAGGCAUGGAAUCCUGACUACGCGGAGUUCCCUAAGAAAGAAGAGAAGAAAUAUGCAGGCUGGGUAAUCUUCACGUGUGUUUUCCUGAGCAUAUUGCCAACAAUGUUUAUCCCACUUACAGCUCUGUAUCAGUUGAUCAGAUCUAAAUGUGGAGUCUGCCAAAGAGGAAAUCCGACGGACAAUGCAGCUUUAGAGCUGUAAAGAAUUCCAUCCGCUGUAGAAGCUGCAAUUUUCACUUAUACUUACUGCUACACUGAAGUUACCCUUUAGCCAAGUAAUAGGUGUCACAGUGCCCUCCAUUAUGUUUGGGACAAAGAACCAUCAUUUAUUUAUUUGCCUCUGUACUCCACAAUUUGAGAUUUGCAAUAGAAAAAAAUCACAUGUGGUUAAAGUGCACAUUGUCAGAUAUAAUUAAAGGCCAUUUUGAUACAUUUUGGUUUCACUAUGUAGAAAUUACAGCUGUGUUUAUACAUAUCUCCCCCCCCUCCCCAUUUCAGGGCACCAUAAUGUUUGGGACACAUGGCUUCACAGGCGUUUGCUCAGGUAAUUGCUCGGGUUUAAAUGCCUCCUUAAUGCAGGUAUAAGAGAGCUCUCAGCACCUAGUCUUUCAUCCAGUGUUUCCAUCACCUUUGGAAACUUUUAUUUCUGUCUGUCAACACCAAAGGACCGAAGUUGUGCCAAUGAAAGUCAAAGAAGCCAUUAUGAGACAGAGAAACAAGAAUAAACAGUUAGAGACAUCAGCCAAACAUAAGGGUUACCAAAAUUAGCUCUUUGGAACAUCAUUAAGAAGAGAGAGCACUGGUGAGCUUACUAAUUACAAAGGGACUGGCAGGCCAAGGAAGACCUCCGCAGCUGAUGACAGAAGAGUUAUCUAUAAUCAAGAGAAUCCCCCAAACACCUGUCCGACAGAUCAGAAAUAUUCUUCAGGAGUCAGGUGUGGAUUUGUCAAUGACCACUGUCCGCUGAAGACUUCAUGAACAGAAAUACAGAGGCUACACUGCAAGAUGCAAACCACUGGUUAGCUGCAAAAAUAGGAUGGCCGGGUUACAGUUUGCCAAGAAGUACUUAAAAGAGCAGCCACAUUUCUGGAAAAAGGUCUUGUGGACAGAUGAGACGAAGGUUAACAUAUCAGCGUGAUGGCAAGAGCAAAGUCUGGAGGAGAGAAGGAACUGCCCAAGAUCCAAAGCACACCACCUCAACUGU